CUUAAGAAAGGCAAUGAGAGGAAGAGAUUAGUCCACACUUGUUGGGAGUGAGAGAUCAACGCAAUACAGCAGACCCGACCAAUACUGAGGACUCUCCUAUUCUCAGGCAAAAUGAAAAAAGGUGCCACUGUUUGCCAAACACACGCCAAUUCUGGCUCUGACAACCGUUUCCUGAUAAGAUCAAAAGAGAUUUGUGCUAAGACUGCGAGUCUCACAAAACAGAACUACAAGAACAAGCAAAAAGCUGGUUAUGUCAUGACACACAGCCAGGAGCACAAAGAGCACACUUUCUUAAAAGUGCCCCCCUCCGGUUCAACCGUGCGUUCUGAUCAGAGGAGGAGCUCAGCAGACUUCAGCAACAGUUCUCAGAUUGUUGCUGUGGAGAAGAAAAAGAAGGAACCCCAGCCCCCUCAGCGAGGAGUGUCUCUCCUCAGACCUCAUACAGCAUCUCAUUCUUCAUCCAAACGUUACUCUUGCCCUGCCAUUGGGGGCUUAAGCUCACCGACUCGUCCUUCCUCGUCCUCCUCCUCCUUGUCCUCCUCCUCCUCCUCCUCCUCCUCCUCCUCCUCCUCUUCCUCCUCCACUACUCCUGUCCAGACUUCUGUCAUCACCGGCCGUGAUCCUCUAGGCUGGAAGUUGCGCCCAAAGUCCAGUUCCUCCUCUCCUAGGGCUCACACUAAUAGACUGUCUCUGCAGAUUCCACUCCCUGUCAUCUAUCCUUCCCCCGGAUCAAAUCCUACAUCUUACACUCAGUCAGACAAGUCUUUGAAUCCAGCUCCCUCUCCUAAGACCAAUCUCCACUCAGACCCAAACCAUUCCAUCACCACCACCACCACCACUCUGAAUCCUCAGCCUUUCUGACCCCGGGUCCUGUGGUGACAAUUGAGGACCUCAGGGCCCUUCAUCUCCACGCGGUCUCCAAUUCUUAUGAAUCUGAUGAUGUUUUCAGUGAAGGCCACGACGAACAAGAACUGAAGAUGACCCCUCAGUCGUGUAAAAUACCACCACCUGUUCCGGACAAAACUUCCAUGGCAAGACAAGUCGCACAGCUGAUUGCUCAUUCGCGCCAACGGUCCAGGAUUUGUUCAGUUUAAGACAAUUUGGGCAAGGUGUUAAAGACAAAGCCUCAAUAUCCUCAGCAGACUGAGGACAAAAAUAUUGGAAGAAAAAGAUCUGAACAAUGACUGGUUGCAAAUACUGCAGGAGAAGCCGAGAUCAAACACAACAUUGUCAUGCAAGUUUGAAGA